UACGUUUUUUUCUCAAUCCGUUGUCCUUCCCGCAGAGCCAGGCCGACGGCCGUCUCUCUCUCUCUCUCGUUCUUCGGUUCCUCCUGCUCUGUUCGCUGACCGGAGAUGCCGUCGAGGCUCGCCAAUCGCCGGCGUCCCUCUCUCUCUCUCCCUGUUGCUGUUCGUCCGGUCGUUGAAGCAGGGACGCCGUCCGCUCGUCUCUGUCUAUGGGAGCAGCAGCGUUGCCGUGACUCGCCGCCGACUCCAGCGGUUCCAACCGACGUCCCUGUCCCGUCCAUCCGUCGUGCGCAGCAUGCCGGUGAAACAAGGGGAAAGUUGCAGCGGCGGGUUUCCUCCGAUUCAAGUUGAAUUCGUCGAUUUUCGAGGUGACAAAUUUCUGACCUGGAAGAUGGAAAUUCAAUCUCAAAACAGCUGGCCACCUAUGGUGUAUAUGAAAAGCAAAGAUUCUCCAAGCGGCUUCGCACGCAGAUAGAUAUCGAUAAUUUAUGUACUUCUAUGGUUCAUUGUACCCAACCGCAUUAUUAUAAUUACUUUCUGAUUGUCCU